UCAUUUGGUUACCGACCUUCUUAAACCCUACAAUUUUCAAUUGAACCCUCUUCUUCUCGCAUUUAUGCAGUGUAUGUUGAUGCUUCAAUUUGUUUCAUUGUUGUGGAGUGAUGAUUCUAAUUGCUUCAAAAUUGUACAGAGAAAACAAGUGUGUGUGAGUCAGCUUUAAAUUCAAGCUGGGCUCUCUCCAAGUAAGGACUUAAGAAAAUUCUGUGGAACGUGGAGGGUUCGGCUCUAUAGAGGCAGUGAAUGAACCUACAUAGGAAUACAACGUGGAUCUAUUAGUGCAAACUUUUAUCUUUCAUGGAGAGCAAAUCGGAUAAGAUGCUGAAUGAUAAUAAGGAGAGCACUCAUGUGGACAACGUAUUGGCUGACACCAAUUAUCCAAAGACAGGUGUGGACAAAGGUGUUUUGAAAAUUUUUACAAAAUCCUCAGAUGUUACAGAAACAAGGAUAGCAGCUGAUUGGAAAUGUGGCCAAAGUUAUCGAAAGGGUGCACGUGCGGGGGAAAUUGAUGCAGCUGGAGAUGUAAACAUGGAGGCAUCCAUAACACCUGAUGAUGUUAUAAGGGCUGGAGGAUUUGGUGCCAGGGAUGAUAUCAGUAGCUUUCUUCCUGUAGCAAGUGAUUCUACUGACUUUGAAGCUUCAAUCCGUGAUGCACGAGAUUAUGAAGAACCACAGGGUCAAGUGAGCAGACCCGGCCUUGGCUGGACUGGUUCUGCUGCUGCUGAGGGGGAAUGAAUAUUGGUGCUGUUAUAUACGACCAUUAUUCGCAACUUCUUUUUAGCUGGAAGACCAUGUGUUUCUGGCUAAUAAUAGCUGGUAAUGGUUAAAAAUCAGAGUUGUUUGAUACUGAAAAAAUCUUGUUAGUAAUAUCAGCAGAUGAUUUUUCUUGAAAAAAUAGUUGGUUCGUAACCUAGUGUUUGAUUUGUCUUUGUUAAGUGGGAUGUUACUUAUAAAAAAUUCGUUCAACUGGAUGAGAACUUAUCCUUGAAUUUUUGCAA